UUUACACUCAAUCAUUCAUUCAUUGAAAUCUGGUCAGACAGCAGUGUGUUGUGGUUAAAGUUAAAACUUCAAAGUGCAAUAAAUUGCUUAUUACAAGUAGAGAAUAGCGUCAAUAUAUUAUUUACAGUGAUUCAUUAUAUUGUGUCUUGAAAAACUAUAGUUUUCCAAAAUGUCUGAAGCAAGGAUGAAGGAGUUACGAAGCGAUGUCGAUGAGCUGAAUGAGCUGUUGAAACUGGCGAAAAGGAAGCGUGCUCAAGAUUUAAUCUCAUUAGAAGUGAGAAAAUUGGAAACCGAAUUGAUUAAAAUAAAGGAAACCAUUGCGAAGAAUGCUCAGGCUGAAUCCACCCCGGCACCUUCAACAGCGCCUGCUCAGAGCAAGAGAUAUCAAAUUAAAUUAAACGGAUAUGGUUGGGAUCAGUCGGACAAAUUCAUCAAAAUAUUCGUAACAUUAAAGGAUGUGCAAUCUUUACCAAAAGAUCAAGUAUUCUGUAAACUCACAGAAAAGUCUAUGGAAUUACAUGUUAAAGAUUUGGAUAAUAAAGACUACCUCCUUGUUAUCAACAAACUGCUGGACUCCAUCAAUGUUGAAGAGAGCUACUGGAAGCAGAAGACUGAUAUGGUAGUGAUAUUCCUGGCAAAAUCCCAUCCUAAUGUAAAAUGGUCUCACAUGACGGAACUUGAGAAGAAGACUGAAGAUCAGCGCAACAACAAGAUGAAGCCACCAACUCCUGACAUGGACAAGUCUGACCCACAGGAGUCGAUCAUGAGCCUCAUGAAGAACAUGUAUGAAACUGGUGAUGAUGACAUGAAGAGAAUGAUUUCAAAGGCCUGGUAUGAAGGACAACACAAGAAGAAAGAUACAUUAGAUCUGUAAAUGUGUUCAACUUUAAUAUAGUAUGUGCGUAAAAUUUUAUUUUUAAGGAAAAUAAAUCAGAUUUUUGUAAAAA